AUGCGGUGUGCGAGCAAGGCCGCCGAGAGCGCGUCCGCACGUCUCUGUGCGGGAGCCGAAGCAGAAACCGCAGCAACCGAUGUGUCAUCGGUUGCUGAAGCGACCCAGCCUGUGUCACCUGGUGAUGCAGGCGCUGGUCAUGAAGACACUCAUGUCUUUACAGGGUAUGAGCUCGGUGUCUCAUACUCUCCUGAUACGGAAGACGGAUCCGUAUCGACGGCGAUCGAAUCCAAGCCGCCUGCCAAGCGUGGCAUGAAUGAUGCUUUGCGUCGUAGCAUCUUUGGUUCAUCUGAUGAAUCAGAUGAACCAUCGCCGAAGCGAAGGCGCUCGAGGUCGCGAGACUCGGGCGCUAAUAGUGGUGUCGUUUCUCCAAUGGACACCACUUCACAGCGAGGUGCCAGUACUUCUGUCGGCACGUCGCAGGAAGAGCGGGACCGCAAUGUGUUGCGUCUCGCUCCAGAAAAGAAGGCAUGGAUGCCUCCUAAAUCCGUCAUGGAUCACUUGUCGGCGACGACGAGUGAUCGUUAUCGAACACGAUUGUUCGAUUCGUCAAGGAUUCAUCACCUUGACCCCAGCACGAAAGACUAUCGCGCUGAACAUGAGUUCUUCCUCGAUGCUUUCUUCAGACAUCGAUGGUACAGUGGGAAUCACAAACGUGAUGGUCCCUCACUACUUCAGGCGUGGAACGCCUACAUCCAUAAUCUCGAGGAUGUAGGUCGUGACGCUUGGAACGACAAACUUAUCAAAGCUCGUGAUAAGUUUGAAAAGCGAACCCCGACAGGUGCACGCUACAAGCUGCAUCGUCUGUCAAGGGAGAAAGGAUUACCCUGCCUCUCUUGGGGAGACUCGUGCCCAUGUUGUGUGAACAACUCUGCACGAGCACCUAAGGAGGCUUACCUCCCUAAUAGCCCGUGA